AUUUAUCUGGAAAUAUCGACUUCUGUUUUCACUUCUCCCUUGGUCACUAUCGUGGUGCGAUGAACAAGACUGAAAUGGCGCCGCUGCGCCUCAGUUGGGCUGCUUGUGAAAUAUCGGACGUUUCAAACGACCGAAUGCAGAACCAACCUGAGUGAUGCAAAACCGCACAAGUGUGGGCGUGUACGUAGAGGGGCGGGCUUUAUUCGUUUUUGUUUUUUGUUUCUCUUUCUUUUCAACAAAUGACCACAAAGAGCAAAUAAUGACAUGGACCAAAACCUCAACUCGCUCACCGAAGAUGACCGCACAGGAAUUAAUUCUCAUUUUCCUGCUUCAAUUUGAAGUCGUUCGGGGCCAGUUCACGUACGUCUAUGCCAGGGCGGGGGACGUGGCCAUUCUGCCCUGCAACCGGUCCUCCUGCUCUGGCUUGUCCUGGUUGUACAGUCGGGACCAGAGCGCUUUGGUACGUGAAGCGGACAAUGGCCGAGUGCUGACCACCUCACCCAGAAGUCAACGCCUCACCCUGAUGAACGACUGCUCGCUCGUCAUUAACCGGCUGGAGGCAGACGAUGCUGGUUUCUUUUCGUGUCAACAGAGUGAAAGGCUCUCAGUCGACGUUUUGUUGACUGUGAUGACAUUGACGUCAUCAUCUCCUCCGGAUUCUGAUGCAGUGGAAGAGGGCCACGUGGUCCUGAAGUGCACCUUGGCCUGCUACGCAAGUGUGAAAUGCCAAUGUGGAUCAGGGAAACUCUACUGGGUGGAUGAUGAAGGCCAGGAGCUUUCCCCGGAAGGCAUCCAGCAGAGCAACUGCCUGUCCUUCUUCAGAGUACUCCCUUCUGGCCGUAGCAGGAAAUACACGUGCCAGUAUGUGGAUAAAGAUGGCGUGAAGGUCCAGGCCCAUUACGCGUCUAUCAUCAAAGAGGUGAACACAAAAGGUCCUGGAGGUCCACCGCCUGGCAGCAACCUGCUCAUCAUCAUCAUCGGGGCAGCUGUCGCUGUUUUGAUGCUCGUCAUCGUGGCCGUCGUCUUGGUCAAAAUGAAGUCGCGAAGAAACGCAGCCCAAGAUUCCUCCAAACACGCAGACAACAACGUGACAUAUGAUAGCGUCAGUUACAACAACAGGAAGGAAGAUAGCGAGCAGAAGGCUGCGCCGGAUCAGACGGAGCUCGGUGUGACCUACGCUACUGUGAACGUUAAGAAGAAGAAUGAGGACAAAGCCAAAAAACAGGUCAAGGAGGAGGAAGAGGUCGUGACCUACGCGGCCGUCAGGGUGGCAGGCAGGAGCCCGCCCGACCAAGACGUUAGCCAAUGAAAAGAUAAACGGGAAGAGAUAUUAGUUGUCAUCUUAAAGUGAAGGAGUGCUGAUAUUACAGCACGUCAUUGGCGCACACACAUGGAAUGUUUGAGGUGAUACUGAGGUGGAAAGACAAGAAAUAAUGAUACUAUUUAUUCUGAAAUUGUGUGAACAUCAUUAUUCAUAAAAAAAAAUCAGCGAGCAGAUG